AUGAGCGAGAAACAAGCCUGCCACCCAGAAGCAUGCGCGAUCCAGUCGUGCAUCAUGAAGAACAACUACGACGAGUCGCGCUGCCAAAAACAGAUCGAAGCCCUCUAUCGCUGCUGCAGCAACAUGUACGAAACGGCAGAGAGGGAGGGAAAGAACCCGGAGAGUGAUUCAUGUCCUCUGAAAUCAGUGGUGGAACGGCGGAUGAAGAGUUUCGCAAAGUAG